CAGAUUUUAAAGAGAGGAGUAGAAGGCUAGGGACUUCAUACCGAUCAUGUUAAUUUAAAAUCUCAAGCCUGAUUAGUAAUUGAGAAAGUUACUCUGUAAACAUGCCAAUGCAAAAGCUUACAAAUUUGUCAGAGAAGAACUCCACGUCUACGCGCAAUAAUUAUUAAUGCUCCUUUCUUCAUAACCAAUUAUACUAGCCUAGAUAAGAUUACCAGUUCCUCGCUGCAAAAAACCUUCCAUAAAAAAAAAAAAAAAUCUUGAUCUCAGAGCUGUAUAUCCACGGAAGAAGAAAUGGCCGACCCUGUUAUCAGUGCCACUGUUCAGGCCGCAAUUCAGGUUGCCUUGGAGACGGCAGUAUCUCUUGCCUCUGAUAGGAUUGGUUUGCUAGUUGGGUUCAAGAAGGAUGUGGCCAGCAUGACACUUUCUCUUGGCUUUAUCAAAGAUGUCCUGGCUGAUGCUGAGGAAAAGCAAAACCAAAGCAGCGGAGUGAAACGAUGGUUGAAGUGUCUCGAGGAGGUGGCUUAUGAUGCUCAGAAUGUGUUGGAUGAGCUCCACUAUGAAUCUCUUCGUCACCAGGUGGAGUCCCGAAACCGACCCAAGCGAAAGGUAUGCUGCUUCUUCUCCUUCUCUAACAUUAAUCUUGCUUUUCGCUGGAGAAUGGCUUCUAAGGUCAGGGACGUCAAACUGAAGUUGAAUGGCAUCUAUCAAGAAGCCAACGGAUUGCUACUGUUCAGUAGGGCAGUCGUGCCUGCUGCCCUCCCUGCUGCUGUUGGAGACACAAGAAAUCGGCAGACUGACUCUGUUCUUGCUCCAAUGGUUGGAAGAGCCGAUGAUGAAUCAGAGAUAGUGAAGAUUUUGUUGAGCCUGUCUGAGAAGGUUGUUUCUGUUCUUCCCAUAACUGGUAUGGGAGGUUUAGGCAAAACAACUUUGGCUAAAUCGAUAUACAACAAGAAGCAAGUUGAUAGCCAUUUUGAAAAAAAAAUUUGGGUUUGUGUGUCCGACAAUUUUGAAGUGACAAGGCUUUUGAAAAUGAUUUUAGAAUCACUCACGGAAAGAAAUGAUGGAAUGACCAGCAGGGAUGUCAUCGUCCGGAAAAUUCGGGAACAACUUGUGGGAAAAAAAUAUCUUCUUGUUCUUGAUGAUGUCUGGACCGAAAGCCCAAUCUUGUGGGAUGAUUUCUUACAUUCGUUACGGGGGCUGAAUGCAACUAAUGGAAAUUGGUGUGUUGUGACAACUCGCAAACAACGAACUGCAUCCAUUGUGGCCACACAUGAUCCUUAUGUGUUAGGAAAGCUAUCUGAUGAUGAUUGUUGGUCUAUCCUAACAGAGAAAGCCAAUGCAGGCGUAGAAAUUCCCGAACAAUUACAAGUCAUGAAAAAGGAAAUUAUAAAAAAAUGUGGUGGCCUACCGCUAGCUGCAAGUGUAAUGGGAGGUUUAUUGCGCAUGAAGAGAAAAGAGGAGUGGAAAUUGAUUUUGAUGAAUGAGCUUUCAAAUUUGAGCGGAGAUGAAGAUGGUGUCAUGCAAAUACUUCGGUUGAGUUUUGAUAAUCUACCAUCACCAGCCAUCAAAAAAUGUUUUGCAUAUUGUUCUAUUUUUCCCCAGGAUACUGCGAUGGAAGGAGAUAUGCUAAUCGAACUUUGGAUGGCAGAAGGUUUCCUCCAUGCAGGUCUUGAGAACAAAACAAUGGAGGAAAUUGGAGAAUAUUACUUGGAAAUUUUAUUGCAGAGUUCGUUGUUUGAAGAAGCAAGAAAAUAUGGGAGAACAAGGUGGCAUAAAAUGCAUGAUAUGGUGCACGACGUCGCAAAAUCAAUAAUGUCAAAGUCUACUAGAUUCAUUAAUUCGGAGACUGGUUCAGGAGACAAUAGUAAUCAGGUUCGUUGUCUUGUAAUAGACUCAUUUGGAGAAGGCGCAAAAAAUCUUCUUAAGAGUCGAUCAAAUUUGCUUCAUACAUUGUUUCUGAGUCAGGGUAGCUUAUCUGAUGAUAUGCUAAAGAAGUUGAAGAAUCUGCACAUUCUGAAUUUGUCCGGUGAAGAAAAUCAGAAUCUGCCAAUCUCAAUUGGCAAACUGAUACACUUGAGGUACAUUAACUUUGAGGAUUCCACAAGUGAAACUUUGCCGGAAUCUGUUUGCAAACUUUAUAAUUUGCAGACACUGAGGCUAAAUAGUUUCGCUCUUAAGGUUCUUCUGAAGGGAACGUGCGAUUUGAUUAGCUUGAGACAUCUCCACUUUUACACCCUUGAUGAAGCAUUUCAAAUGCCGCUAGAGAUGGGACGACUGACUUGCCUUCAGACACUAGAGUUCUUUAACGUGGGUCGAGAGAAGGGUCGACGAAUUGGAGAGCUUGGAAGCUUGAAGAAUCUCAAAGGCAAUUUGAGGAUAAGCAAUCUGGAACUAGUAAAGGGUAAAGAAGGAGCUGAGGAAGCAAAACUAUCUGAAAAGGCAAAUCUAUUUAGGCUGGAACUUAGGUGGGCUAGUGAUCAAGAAGGCGACAACUACAACGACGAAGAUGUGUUAGAUGGUCUUCGACCCCACCCAAAUUUGGAGGAGUUGGUAAUUUGGAAUUUUAUGGGCGAUCAAUUUCCUCGAUGGUUAAUGGAUUUGCCAACAACAACAACAACACUCCCCGAGUCAGCAACAACACUCCCCGAGUUAGCGCGUUUGCGAUUUUAUAGCUGCGACAGAUGCAGAGAACUCCUUCCCCUGCAAAACUUUGCGUCUCUUAAAGAGCUAGUGAUUGCUCAUUUCGAUGGGUUGACGAAUCUGCCAGGUGACAUGCUACACUCUUGUACCUCUCUCCAGAAGCUUCGGGUGGCUUAUUGCGACAAUCUUAUCUCCUUUCCGCUCAAUUUGCAACAAACGCCUUCUCUCUUGGAGCUGGAAUUAGUCAAGUGUUCCAAACUGAAAACAAGCAUGACGCCCAAAGGAUUUGGUUUCCUAACCAGCUUAAGGGAGCUUACAAUUGGUCCCUUCUCAGAUGAUGGUGAUGAUCAUGAAAAUUCUUCAAUUUACGAUGAGUUUGAUUGGUCUGAAUUGAUAUCCUCCUCUUCGUCAUCCGCACUCCGUGGAUUAUACUUAUGUGGGUUGCCACACAUGGAGUCCCUGCCACCUCAGAUCCAAUGCUUGACCGCUCUGACGUCACUAUCGCUAUACGACUUUGGAGGUAUAAAAGCUCUGCCAGAUUGGUUCGGAAACUUCGCUGCUCUUGAAGAGCUGCAGUUAUUUGGUUUCAAAGAGCUUGGACAUCUACCCUCUGCGGAUGCCAUGAGAAGUCUCACCAAACUAAAAUCUCUGGUGGUUUUUGGUUCUCCUCUGUUAGAAGAAAGAUGCACUCCUGAGAGCAGCGGCCCCGACUCCCAGUGGUCCAAAGUUUCUCACAUUCAAGACCUACGCAUAACCGAUUACUAACCAACUUUCAUCUUCGGAUCAAAUUGAAUCAUGAUUGAUAGAAGAAUAGCUUCACGAACAGAGGUUAGAAUUUUGAAGCUUCUUCAGCACCGUCUAUAUGGCUAGACCGCAAUAACUUUUUGGCCUGCAUUUCCUACAAAUAGCCUAUCAACGUUUAGAACAACUAGCAUAGCCUAUCAACUUUUGGCCUGCAUAGCCUACAAAUAGUCUAUUUUUGUUUAUUUUACGUGCUCUGCUUCUGUGGAUUUCAAGUUAUUAUUGCUAAAGUCAUCUCACUCUGUUUAAAAUUGUAAUUCUAAGGGGACAAAACUUUUACCUCUUGAUAAUGAACUUGCAUAUUUAUCUGAACUAUUUGACUAGUAAUUGCUUUAUCAGUCAUAAAUGAACUUUCAUAUUUUUGAGGUAGCCAAGGAAGGUGUGUACUGUUUGAGCAAUGAAGUUGCACAAAACUUGGUGGAGUAUCUUCCAACAUUUAACUCUAAGCGCAAAGUUUUAAAGCAGUCCGGUAGUUGGUCAAGUCUGCUUGUUGCGACUUGCUACUGUUAAUGAAUCCACCUGCUUGUUGCGACAAGCAUUGCUACUGAUAAAGGCUUUUAAGCUCUCUCUGCUUUUAUGAUUGUUGGUUGCUUCUUUUUUAAGUUAUUUUGGGCACAAACAGGGAACCUCAGCGAUGGCUCUUACCUACUGUCUUUACUUUUUGAAAGUCCUACAAUUCGUUGCUGAACAAGAUCCUGCUUCGGCUGAAUAGCAACAUCUAGGAUGGCAUUCUCUUUUCCCCUGUGCCUCAGAUGGUCAAAGUCUGAGAUAUCUAUUGGGAAAUGAUUAGGAUGACACACUACAGGCACACUUUUCUUUCUUCCUAGUGUGUAAAACCUGAUAAAAUGGUCUAUCUGUGUGAGCUGGCCUCUACAAAUUGUCCACCAGAAUUUCUUUCCCCAGCUUAUGUAAUGCCUUUCAUGAUCAAAAGCCAUCAUUACCAUGAAUUUCUGCUAAUGAUCAUGGGGGGUAUGGUUGGCGAUAGAGCUUGUAUCAAAGAAACAGAUUGACAAUGAGGAGCUUGCAAAUUUUCAAGAAGUACUGUAAGUGACUUUACUUUUGAAAGUCUUUCUUGCCUUGAAAGUAUAUCAACUGAUAAUUGGAGCAACAACAGAGCAGGUCUGCCAAGUUGGACGCAGGGUCGGCCCUUUCUUCCUCUUCAUCACGAUUGAAAGUUAUAGUGAUUUUGCACUCAGAGAUCAACAUUAACCUUGAUAGCUCACUCUUACUAUCAUUUGUAAUGAAGUCCUAUGAUCCCUUGUUGAACCAGAUCCUGUUUCAGUCAGAUCAGAUGAAAACAUCCGGGAUGGAAUUCCCUUUUGCUCUCUGCCUCGGAUGGCCAAAGCCUGAGAUCUUCCCUAUCUGUCUGGUGCUGUUAAACUGUCCAACCAAUUCAGCAAAUUUGUAGACAUGUUAAUGAGGUGCUAUUUUACUUCUUUUGGAACUCAAUUUGCCAUAUCUUCCAUACUGCUUGUAGUUCAAAGUAGCAGAAAGAUGUGGAUUAGCUGAACCCUGAUAGGUGCUUGCAUCCUUCUUGAAGUUGUAUCUUAGCUCUAUAACAGGCGACAUAUUUUUUCUCACUGUUCUGCAGUCGACUACAAGUUGUGCCCAAUGAUACUUUUUCCAUUGCUCUUUGUAUCUGUAAAUCUCAGACAGGCCUCAGAGCACAAAGGAUCCCACUUGCCAAGGCACCAAUUUCUAUUCAAGAAAGGAUCCCGCUUGGUGGAUGGGAACGUUGGAGAGAUGAAAUUAUGGAAUAGGAACAUGCAAGGUCAACCUUAGUUCAUCAAACUGACAUUUUACAUUGCAUCUAUUUGUAAAAUUACUUCUAUGUGAACUUGUCUCCUUGUACGUCAGUAUUGUUCCAUGAAGCAAUAAUGUGACAUGGAUCUUACACAUCUUGGCCUCAAAUCAUUUUCAUUGUAGCUCAGGAUAUGUUACAAUUAAAGCAUUUCUACUUUUCUAUGCCUCUAAGACUUUGACGGCCAAUAUAAGUAAAUCAUCUCA